GUGGUGGAGAACUCCCCAGAGCAAUGGCCAAGCUGCUGCCAUUAUCCUGACAUUUCCUUAGUUUAUUAAGUCGAAUUGGUCCACGCGUCAGGGACCAUCCUUUUCUGGCCUAGGUGUCGAGCUACUCAAAUGGCAAUUGAACUCUCCCGCAUUUUCUAAAUUACGCCUGCGCCCACUCCAAAUAGCAGAUGCAGGUACAUAAGUUUAGUCUAGACCACAGUUCGGACCAGCCCUACAGUACUUGUUAACCUCACAUCAUUCCCGCAACCGGUCACUGUGUCUCAAUCUCAACUCUCACCUCCCUCAGUUCCUCUCCUCGCUCCUCUCCCGUGGUCAAUCUCGAAUACAUCAUCCAACAACAUGUUUACAAAAUUUCUAUUCUUCUGCCUCUCAUUGGCGCUCCUCGUCUUUCCAGUUGCGCUUGCAAACGAACACGCCAAAUGCUACUGUGUUAUCAACGACGUAUCUCAUAAGUGUCUCACGGAAAAGGCUUGUGAUGUUUACCGGACGUCGCAAAAGAUCUUCGAGAAUGACAACCCGCAAAACGUUAACACCACAAUGCUGUGGCACGUUUGCGCAACUAUUGCUCCUAAGGAUGGCGGCCGGACACGGUACGUCUCUGGAUUUGGCGGCAACGAGUUCAAGGACUCUUGCAUCCAGGCUCAGAACUCCGGUGUAUGUGCCGACGCCAGUGGUACUAUUGGCUCAAAGUGCGAUUAAUUUUGGAUUUCAUCAUGAUACCAAGUAAGAAGGAGCUGGGUAAGCACGGAG